AUGCCAGUUCCCCAUGCCGCGGGGCUCGGCCCACCCCCUGUGGUCUCGGGCAGCCUGCAACCAAGCCAAGGCAGGCAGCUGGACAAGGAGGGGGAACCCAGCUGGGACCAGCUUCGCUUGUCCCUGCGACAUAUUUACAACGAGCAGGUGGCUUGCUUGGCGAAGUUUGAUGUAUUCCUCCAGGCAACUGAGAACCCGAUUGUCACAGCCGACGGCGCAGAUGUGCAGCCGCGAGGCGGCGAUGCGCCCGAGGCUCCCAUGUGGCACCUGCCAUCAGUCGGAUGGCGAACGACAGACUCCAGUCAUCGUGAUGCUCCCGGCGACCAGGAGAAUGUGCAGAGAUACGAGUUCAGCAACGAGUCUGUGGAGCCCACAUCGUGUGCACCGGUGGAGCAGCCGAUGACUGAGCGAGUCACUGCAGAGUCGAAAGCGCCAACUGGAUCCAAAGUUUCGGCGCCAAAAGGUUACAGUGUUGGCAGGAGCAUGAUGUGGAGGGAGAUGCUUACUGGCGCAUCGCACUCCUUGGCAGCUGACUUUUCGCAUCACCUCGACGGCAAGAAGUUCCAAUGUAUCCGUCGCUGCUGUCUUCGGCUGGUUUCGAAGAAAUGGUUCGACUACAUGAUGGGCCUGAUCAUCUUUGCAAAUGCCAUCUCAGUUGGCUAUGAGAUUCAGGCCUCCUUGACACAGGUUGAGUCUUGGAUGUACUGGCUCGACUUUGUCUUCGUGCUCAUCUACUUUGUGGAGCUCAUCAUACGUUUGCUAGCAUGGGGACGAAAGUGCUUCAAGGAUCCUUGGUGCAUCCUCGACAUGGUUCUGGUUUCCAUGGGGCUUUUCAGCCUUUUCACCGAGCAUGUCGGCGAAAAAGUCCAG